AACUUAAGAGGAGUCAAAGUAAGAACUAAGAAGUGACUCAUAACAGUACACUGGUACCAAAAAGAAAGAAAGAAAACCCUCAAGUUGUCGAGUGCAUAAAUCCCAAUUCCCAAAUCAGAAAGAAAAACCCUUGAAUCCAAAAUCAAAGUAAGCAAGCAUGUCGAGCAGCAAAGAAGAAGCAAGUUUAAGCUUUUCAAACCCUUGUUCAUCAGAAGCUGAUUGCGCAAGUAAUUAUCUGAUUGAUUCCUCCUCUCAAUUUAGCAGUAACAGCGCUCCUAAUAGCUUUCAGAAUGAUAAUAUCCUCUUCUAUGAUAAUGAACACCCUGACAUUGGCUUUUCUAGACCUGAUUUUCGCCAAUCGAAUUUAUUGGGUACUGUUCAAUUCUAUCGUCGGCAUCUUUUUCUUUGUUAUAAGAACCCUCCUAAUUGGCCACCUAGUAUUCAAGCUGCUGAAUUUGAUCGUUUGCCUCGUCUUCUUUCUGCUGCUUUGGCUUCUCGUAAAUCUGAUAUGAACACCGAGACCCGUCUAACAAUAUGUGAGGGACGUGAUGGAACUGAAACAUCCAACGGAGAUGUGUUAAUUUUCCCGGACAUGAUCAGAUACAGGAGAUUGACACAUUUUGACGUCGAUACUUUUGUUGAAGAAGUUCUUAUUAAAGAUGGUGAAUGGCUUCCUGGGAACCCAGAGAAGCUGAAAGGCUGGUAUAUUUUUGUAUGCUGUCAUGGGAGCCGAGAUCGUCGGUGUGGUGUGUGUGGACCUCCUUUAGUAGCUAGAUUCAAAGAAGAGGUCAAUUUGCAUGGUCUUCAAGGAAAAGUUUCCAUUAGCCCAUGCUCUCAUGUUGGUGGUCACAAAUUUGCAGGAAAUGUGAUAAUCUUUGGAUCUAGGGGCGACAGGAAAGUCACUGGACACUGGUAUGGAUAUGUUACCCCAGAUGAUGUGCCUAAUUUGCUUGAACAACAUGUUAUGAAAGGAGAAAUUGUAGAAUGGCUGUGGAGGGGUCAAAUGGGUUUAUCUGAGGAAGAGCAACAAAGAGCUCAAGAGUUGAGGCUCCAUAACAAAGAGGGAAACCAUAGACUCUCUUCAUUGGAGCUGCCAGAGAUUAAUUCUCCAGCAUGCGGUUCUCAUUCAGGAACCAACGGCUGUUGCCAGGUCCAGGUGAAAGGAAAUGGUACAUCUUGUCAACAGCUUACUUCUGUGGAAAAGGAAGAUGAUUUAGAAAUCCUUCAAGUAGAGAAAGUAGCAAGUGGGAAGAAGGGCAAAAAGGUGUUUGUACGAAAUAAUAGCUCCGCCUCCAAUGGGGUUGGAAAGAGAAAGGUGUGUGCGAUGCCUUCAUGGUUUGAGAACUGGGAGCAUGAAGAUACAUACGCAGCACUUGCAGUUGUUUGUGCUGCUCUCUCAGUUGGCAUUGCAUAUACUUGCUACAAGCAACUAUAACAAAGUCAUGUUGCAUUGUUGAAUGCCUAUGAUAUCAUAAAUUUAAGAGGAGAAUCAGAUAUCAAGAUUUGUAUUGUAAAUGUUUUAAUACUUCACUUCUUUGUAAAUAUGGGUUUCUUAUUCUUGUCUGAAUCAGAUAUGUUUUUCAAUUCAAUCAAUAUAAUCCCUUUGCCAAAAA